CUGGAGAGAGUCAAGGAAAAAGGAAGCAAGUCAAUGAACAUAUAACUAACACUGUUGCUCUGGGAUACCAAGAUCCUGGAAUAUGAGCGGAGCGCCAAAGAAUUUCGCCACCAGAAAGAUGAUGAAUAUAUCCAAUCAUAUCUUCCACCGCCGAACAUCUAUACCAAAAAUGGCGGUGCAAAAUGGGUUCCGUUUGUCUCCUUUUCAAGGUUCCACCACGGGGAUUGGAUUCCCGGCGCCUUCGUGGCGGAUAAACAUUGCGACAGAGCCAUGGCGGAGUUCGAUCAUCUUCUCCCGAUACCCAAAUCAAACCCCAGGCUAUAAAUUCCUGGAAAUGGGUAGAAUCCAUCACAAAUCAACUUACUCAAACUGGGAAUUCCAGCUUAACUUAAUCUUCCCAGAUUUCGAUGAGUAACUAUGGAGGCGGGAACGAGAGCAGCCAUGUUUCCGUCGGACCUUGGGGAGGCGGAGCCGGAGCAAGGUGGGAUGACGGCGUUUACUCUGCUGUGAGACAAGUGAUCAUCUUCCAUGGAGCCGCCAUUGAUUCCAUUCAGAUCGAGUAUGACCAAAACUGUACCUCCGUUUGGUCUGAGAAGCACGGUGGUACUGGCGGGAUCAAGACAAAUAAGAUCAAGCUUGAAUCCCCCGACGAGUACCUUGUGUCGAUCAGUGGGCACUACGGCGGCUUGGUCGAGUCAGGACCACCACUUGUUCGAUCAAUUGUCUUGCAGAGCAACAGGAGAAAGUAUGGGCCUUUCGGUAUUCAGCAAGGAACCCAUUUCUCAGUUCCAGUAGCCGGUGCAAAAGUGGUGGGUUUCCAUGGCCGGAGCAGUUGGUACCUAGACUCCAUCGGUGUCCACUUGAAGCAUUUUCUACCACGAAAUCCGUCGAAGAAACCCGAGUUUGAAGCUCAGGCUUCCAACAACAAGAAGACGGCUCCAGUUAUCAAUGGAACUGUCAAGGCGAAGCAGGCUGUGACUUAUGGGCCCUGGGGUGGGAGUGGGGGAGACAUUUUUGACGAUGGAGUUUAUGCAGGCGUUCGUGAAGUUCAUUUGACUCGUACUAAGGGCCUUGUUUCGAUUCGGGUUUGUUAUGAUCUGAAUGGAAAUGCAGUUUGGGGAGAGAAGAAUGGUGGAACUGGAGGAAUCAGAUUGGAUAGGAUAGCUUUCGAUUACCCAUCAGAAGUCUUGACCCACAUCACAGGAUGCUGCGGACCAACGAUCCUUCGAGGGCCAACAAUUGUCAGGUCGAUCACUUUCCACACCAACAGAAGGAAGUAUGGACCAUUUGGCGAUGAGCAGGGAACCUCCUUUUCCUCUGGCUCUAACAAUGGGAAGAUUGUUGGAUUCCAUGGCAGGAGUGGUGGACCGUUUGUCGACAGCAUUGGAGUUCAUGUCAUGGAAGGAAUCAGAGAAGUUAAGUUUCAACAGCAAGCUAACCCUGCUGCUCUUAUGGUUAGAGGACCUUCUUAUGCUCCAAUAAUUGCUAGAGAACCUCGCUCCCCGCGUCUUUAUAAUGAUUCCUUCGAUAUGACGAGAGAAGUAAAGUUCCAGCAAGAAGCUAACCCUGCUGUUAUGAUGGUUAGAGAACCUUCUUAUGCUCCACCAGUGAUUAUUGAAGAACCUUACUCACGCCAUCCUGCCUAUGAUGAUUUCUUCAAUGGGAUGAGAGAAAUGAGAUUCGCACAUGAAGCUAAGCCUAUUACGGUUAGAGAAGCUUACCCUGCAGCCGGAUUGACUUCAGCUUCAUGGAGAUCAGGGUUAUGGGGUGGCGAGAGAGGGCAGCCGUGGGAUGAUGGGAUAUUCUAUGGAGUGAAGAAGAUUUUUCUGACGAGAGGAGAAGCUAUCUGUUGCAUACAAUUUGAGUACGAUGGCAAGGGUGGACAAUCUGUUUGGUCAGCUAGGCAUGGAGGUGGCAGCGAAGUCAACAGUCACUCUAUCAACUUCGAAUACCCACAAGAGGUCCUAACAGCUGUGUCCGGCUACCAUGGCUCCCUGACCGGCGGUGACAGGAGCGACGUCAUAAAGUCUCUGACUUUCCACACCAACAAAGGGAAGUAUGGGCCGUACGGGGAAGAAAGGGGAGCAUUCUUCACAUCUACUGCUGAGGGUGAAGGAAGGAUUGUUGGGUUCCAUGGAAGAAGUGGAUGUUACUUGAACGCUCUGGGAAUUCACAUGCAGCAGCAGCAACAACAACAACAACAACCAGUUUUCUACCGUGGUUUGGAGUCAUCGAUGGUCGGAGAUCGAGUAGUCAGCAGGCACGUUAAGACGGUAGCAACAAAACUGAUCAAGUCAAGCCACAUGUUCAGCACCUAAUGAACUAGAAACUUGGGAUUAUGUCUUUCGUUAUGUAUCCUCGGUUGGGUUUGUUGGUUAAUGGUCCAAGGGUUCAAUACUAGUUACUACCCUUUAUGAACAAGAAAUAAGGCGACAUAAGUGGUAUUAAACGAUAUCACUAUCUUGAUAAGGAAUAAGAACUCGAACACUUAUUUGGCAGGGAAGAAGAAGAGACGAACAUAUCACUAUCUUGAUAAGGAAUAAGAACUCGUACACUAUCCGUUUAAAACUUUCCCUCUUCCUCUUCCUCUUGCUCACCAAUAUCAGUUAAUUUUUCCUGCCAAGAUUAAUUUGAUGUCCAGAGCAAAGACAACAGCUGGCUAGCAAUGGCUGCAGUCAUGCACCACUGUUCAGAUCAUUCCCUUCAUUAGGUUUCAACCGGAUUGAGUAAAAACCAAGGAUGAACCAUUGACAAACAGAAAAUAUGAUUGAUCUCAUAUAAUCUGCUGCAGCAUUCUCUGGCAGCUUGAAUCCUGUACAAAUUCAUCUAAGGAAACCCUGGAACAAAAUUUUGUUAUUUGUUUUGCUUUGUACAUUUUGUGCUACCAGUAAUCACCGCAAGAACAAUGGCCAUCUUUAAAGUGGUGGAAGCACUUGGGGUGACUCAAGUAUAUCUCACAUCCAUAUUUCAGCGAGAUAUGUUUCGCCAUCCGGUGACAAUCACUGCACAUUCUCAGGUUCUUCACAAUCCUUAUACUCCGAGGAACCACUGGUUGUGAGCAAACAAAUGCAAAAGCUAAUGCAAGCUUUUCACUGUGAACCCCAACAACUUCUUCCUUCUCUUCAUCUGCAAUGCACAAACCUUGCCUUCUUCCAAUUUGUUUGACUUCAAUAGAUAUCUGAUCUAUCCAAGCGAAUAGGAGGUUCGAGUAAGGUUUAGACCGAUCUCCCGAAACAAAAGAAUGCACUUUAUUUUUACUUUCAAUCCAGCUCUCCCCAAUAAGUUUGGGCAGUUGAUGCUCAUUUUGAAGCCUUUGCACUCUGAAUGUGUCCUCCCGUGUUCCACGAAGAGCAUACGCUUGUAAGACCAAAUGGCGGAUCAAUGCAUUUCCUGGUUCCAAGCCAAGAAGUCUUUCCCCUGCAUGGAUUCCCAAGUCGAGACAGUCGUGAACUCUGCUGGCAGUUAAUAAUCUAGACCACACUGAUGAGUCGGGCUUCACUGGCAUAGCCUCAAUAAACCGUAUUGCUUCUUCAAGCCUGCCAGCACGACCAUACAAAUCUACCAUAGCUGCAUAAUUUUCAAUGGCAGGAGUGAGUUGAUCGUCUUCAAUCAUGGUAGUGAGAAUAUGCUUCCCCUCUUCAACAUUCUCAUUAAGGCUAUGGGCGAGUAUGAUACUGACAAAAGUACUCUGCUCUGGCUUCAAACCCAACAUCAACAUCUGAUCAGCAAGACUAAGGGCUUCAUCCGAACACCCAUGUAAUACGUAUGCAGCAAUCAUCGAGUUCCAGGUAAUGAAAUCUUUGGACUUCAUUCGGUCGAACAAGGCUUUUGAAUAAACUAGUUUCCCCGAUUUGGCAUAAGUAUCGAUAAGUGAAUUUGGGAUGGAGACUGCAGCUUCUAGGUUUCUCCGUAGCACAAUGCCAUGGAUCUCUUUGACCUUUUUCAGUGCAACUAAAUUUGCACAAGCAGGCAAAACACUCAGUAUUGUUACAGCAUUAGGACUGAAACCUGAAGACUGCAUUUGUCUGAACAUACAAAGUGCCUUCUGUUUCUGUCCAAUAUGCAAGUAACCAGCGAUAAGAGAAUUCCAUGAUGCUGUGUCACGCUUUAUUUUUCCAUCCUUUUCCAUCUUGUGGAAGAGAUCUGUGGCUUCAUCUUCGUCUCCAUUUUCUAUAUAUCCCGAUAUCAUUGUAUUCCAAGUGAUAACAUCGGGUUGAAUCUCGGAAUUCUGCAUCCUCGUGAAUAGUUCAUUGGCUUUCCCACUGUAUCCUGCUUGAAUAUAUCCUCCAAUCAUCGAAUUCCAAGUGAAAACAUCUUUCUCGGGCAUACAAUCAAAGACUAGCUGAGAAGCCUCCAGCUUCUCGCACUUUGAGUAGAAAUCGAUGAGUGCAUUCCCGACAAGUACAUCAUCAAUGCAACCUAUUUCAACAGCCAGAGCAUGAAUUGCCAUCCCAUUGUUUAAUAAUUUCAAAACUGAACAAGCAGAAAUUGCAGUUGCAAUAGUAACUCCAUUUGGUUCAACCCCAGACGAAAUCAUAUCCUCAAACAAAUCUAGUGCCUGAAUUUGCCUGUUGUUUUGAGCAUACCCAGAGAUCAUAGCAGUCCAAGCAACCACAUCUGGUUCUAUCCCGAAUCUCACCAUUUCUUCCAUCAAUUCCAUUGCAACAUCACACUGUCCAUUCUGAUUGUACCCAGUAAUCAGUAUAUUCCAAGUUACCAAACCUGGUUCAACCCCUUCUUUACACAUGGCAUCAAACAAUCUAUGAGCUUCCUUGAUCUCACCUUUCUGGCAAUACCCAGAUAUCAAAGCAUUCCAAGCAACUCUAUCCGUCUUAUCAUCCAUACCGUCAAAAAACUUCCUAGCUAAUCCCAACUCCCCACAUUUCGCAUACACAGCCAGAAUCGAAUUAUUCACUCGUGGGAAAUCACCCAUACCACAUUUUACCACCAAAGAAUGUAACAGCUUCCCAGUCCGAAAAUCACCACAGUUGCCGCACGCUUGCAGGAUCUUCGGCAGCAGAAAACCAUCCGCCAAAAUCCCAUCUGCCAUCAUCAUAUGGAAAAGCCCCACGACUUCCUUCCACCUCUGAUCCCUGCAGCAGGCACCGAUCAUCGCGGACCACGUGUACAAGUUUCUCUCCCGCAUUUCAUCGAACACCAAGCGGGCAUCACGCAAGCACCCGCAUUUCGCGUACAUCCCGACCAGCUUCGUCUCGAGAAACGCCGACUUUUCCUCCGCCAGGCUAAUUCUGGCGUGAAUCUUCCGGCCCAAAUCGACGGCAUUGGAGUCGAUGCAAGACUGGAGCAGCCCGAUCAAAGUCUUGGAAUUCACCUUCGUCCCAUCCUGAGCCAGAGCGUCGAGAACCUCCACAGCCUCGCUUAGUCGCCCAUUUUUGCGAAGGAAAUUCAGGUGGGAGUCCGCCAUUGCUGAAUGCGGCUUCUUGGAGUAAGAAACGGAGGUGGGUUUCGGCGGGAAGGGCGAAUUUUCCGGUACAUUGUCUUGCCUAAUUGGAAUAGAGGAAGAAGGCGGCUUUGAAGUGCUGAGUAACAUCGAUGUCACCAUUAGCGCUUCUUCAACAUCCCCAAACGAGAAUAACCUAUGCAAUGGUGGGUGGCCGGAGAGGCGACUGGUAAAUUAAGCACUGCUUCAUCCAGGCCGGAGAUUGCCUUUCUGCGCGGGUAUUUUGAUUUUCUUUCCCAGAAGGAUUACAAGAAUUGGAUAAGAUAACGGAUUUUCGGUCACGAUUUCCUUGGAGUAUUAUAUUAUCGGGUCAAUAUUUCACAAUAGUCAUUAGUCAAUAACUCGG